ACCCGGCGGCGGACGUCGAGGCUCGCGGGAGGGGGUGCGGCGGAGUCGCGCCUGGGGCGGCGGGCGGAGCGAGCAGAGCCUCGCUCACCGCGUCGAUGCGCGCCUCGAGCGCGCUGCCCGACGGCCUCGUGCACGGGCUGGCCGCCUUUGCGACGCUGCGCUUCUUCCUACAGUGCGUCAACACGCUGCUGGUCGAGUUUGAUAGCGCCGUCGCGGGCGCCUUUGCCGAGAUGCUGGUAAUCGAGAAUGUGCUCGAGCACUCGCAGGCCGUCGUCUUGCUCGUCCUCCUCGUCUCGGACAGCAGCUUCUCGGGGGCGGUGGCCAAGCUCCGCCCCGCGGCGGGGGGUGAGGGCCAGGGGGGGCGGCGUCAGGGGCUCGGCACGUUCAACAUCUUUGCCGUCACCGGCGACGCGGACAGCGCGAGGCGCCCCGUCUCGCUCGAGUCGGACAGCAGCGGUGAGCCGAUCGCCGCAGCCGACGGGAGCACGAGCCACCUCUCCGCGACGAGCCACCUCCCCGCUUCCGGGCGCCGCCCGUCGCGCUACGCGUCGCCCGGUGGCAUGCCGACGCUCAACUGAUCGUGUGUGCGGACUCUUGGCACUGCACUCAGGUUUGUCGUCGGCUCAGACGUCGUCCCCUCGCAUAUGCUAUUUUCAACCACGGGUCACAAUCGGAAAUGUCUAGUACCUCUGAAGAGACGGGCGCGUGCGGCGGCGUACGACGGCGGUAACGCGUAAGCAUUUAGUUAGUGUGCCGACCGCUGUGCGCUGAGCGCUGAACAACAGUAAAGAGAGACAACUAGUC